GGCAAGGGUUUGGAUACAAAUUUCCGAGUACCUGUGCUAAACUGACAAUCGCUGUAGCACCCCUCGGAUACGAUUAUGAGGAUCCUGAGAUCAAUUUACGACACUCUGAAGACACUCCAACUGUUUCAGAAGCAAAGAAAGCGGCGGCCCAUAUGGAAGACGAACCUUUGACCUUGGCCGAAGAGAUACUCGUGGAUUCAUUCACCCCCAUGCCACAACGAAUAGUAAAACCCAAAUCUGGAUCUCUCAACGCGCAUCAAGAUGCCACUCUCCAGAACCAAAGACGCAUCUCUUCACAAAGCACUCGCCUAGAAAUUGUACCCGAAGCUUCUGACGAAGAGGAAUCCCUGGACAUAGGUCAAGCGGAGUCCAACACGCAAGCUUAUGUACGACGUUUCAGCCAACCUUCUGCAGCCAUGGACCUAGGACACACUCCAGCAAAUCCAUUAUCGUUGUGGGACGCCCUUGAUUUGGAAAUUAACUCUGUUUCCUCCCACUACUCUAACUCAAGCACAGCCAGUCGUGAGGAGCCACGAGAGAACUUUGGCACGCUGCGCAAAAGUCGGUCAGUAGCCUUUCAAGAUCGCGCCGGUUCCGCCCUAUCUAUCGCAAGCACUGUUCCUUCCACCAAAUUGCAUAUCCGAAAUAAGCUCCGCAAGAGGAUGCGUCCUGCAAGCACCCCUACACUUAGGUCUCCUCACCUUGAUCCGCUACUCAAGGAACUUCCCCUUGGCGUCAAACAGAUCGGCUACGGCAUUGGCUUCAGCCCUACGGAACCCCUUUCUUCUCGCUCGAAAUCGGUUUAUCGAUCCGCUAUCCGCGCAUGUCAAAAGCUGGUGCCAGUCAUACGUCGCAAAAUCUCUAGAAAGGUUUUAUCAAAGCGCGAGACACCUACGCCGAUAGACUCAAGUAGUUCCCGCGACGCGAUGGUAGUGAUACGUGGGCUCUAUGGACCAACCUGGACGCUUGGCAUGGAGUCCCUACCUCCUUCUGUGGCUACAGAUACACUCUCGGCCACAACCAACGACUCGGAAGGCCCAGUGACGCCAGAGACCCCGUUCUUUGCCCAAACGGUAGGAAUAGUGCACCAUGAGUCUUCCACCCUUCGCUUGGUACCGUCCUCGGGUCUUCAGCCUUUUAUAUGAUUAUUUUUUCAGCCUCGCAAUCACGCCGCGUUUCAUUGAUAUCGAUGUUCCCUUCGGAUUUUUCCAUUGAUCGGUUCCCUUAUCCAAUCGCAGGACUUUGUCAUAACGUGGAUGUCUUAGCACUCGUCUGUGCAUUAUCCUUGUUGUAAUAUGCAUGUAAUUUCUUGGCCUUUUGUACAUGGCAGUGGUAGAUUCAAUAUGUGCGAACUCUCGAAUGUUCAA